AUGGAGGGAAAGGCAUGGCGUAUUGAUGAAGAAACAGUUCUUAAGACUUUUUUUUUUAAUUCCACAGGGAAAAAAUUUGUUAAUGACGAUUCCAUUUGUGUCCUGGGAAUAAGCAAAAGAGACCUCCUUUUUCAACCAGUGGCAGAAUUGAGGAAGGAAACAGAUUUUGAGCACCGGAUUCCCAAACACCAGUGGUGGCUGAAACUUCGGCCUCUCAUGAAGAUCUUGGCCAAGUAUAAGGCGAGCUACGACGUGUCUGACUCUGGCAAGCUAAAGCCCUUGGUACGCCACCACCAGUACCACCAUACCCCCCACAGGGAGCCUGCAGCCAUCUGAACGCAGCGUGCCACCGGUGGACCUACACAUUCGUCUAGAGAGGCCUGGAACUUUCCAGGGACCAUCUUCUUUUGUAACAUUUAAAUUAUUUAUCUGCACUUUAUGCCAAGUAUUGUUGACCAAGUAUCGUUGACCGUAAUACAUAACCAGAGAGAAUGCCACUUGCUGUCAUCACUGACCCCAGUCAGACCUUGAGAUGCCCCAGCCUCAUGUACUUGACCCAGCAUCAGUUUUCUACGGUGCCCUGUACCAUCUUACGCUUUCAUGUGUCUAUCUAGUGGAAUUAAACAUUUGGUUACAACUCC